GAGGGCUCCCGCAGCUCGGAGUGGGAUAGGAACUAUUUUGGCAGGCAGCAGCUCUCCAGCUAAAGCUAACUUACCCAAGGAGCUAACUGGCCAAGUGGUACAGGGGCUAUUUGGCCGUCUGCUUGUCGUGUUAUAUUUAAACUUCUGUACGACAUUUAUGUCAUCUCUGUAUGCUUUCCUGUCAAAAUGAGUACCGCUGGGACACACUGCAGGCGUUCCGGGUGCAGUUUGUUGUGUUGUUUACAUGCUAGCUCGCUGGUUUGCUGAUUUCCGCUCACUUCCAUCAUCUGCGGCUACGGUCGGCGCUUAACAGCCAGCAGCAUCCCGUCUGGAUGAUGUACAUGGAGGGGGACGAGGGGCACGACGAGCGCGGCUCCAGAGAGGAGUGGACGCUCCUGUUCUGGACCUCGCUGGCCGUGAUUGUGCCCGUCAUCAUCACGCUGUGGUGCAGCACGCAGCGCUCCAAGCGGAAAACACACAUGAAGGAUUUCUUUCGCAAGAGCAAGCACGGCUGGCACUACACGGACCUGUUCAACAAGCCCACGUACUGCUGCGUCUGCUCGCAGCACAUCCUGCAGGGCGCCUUCUGCGACUGCUGCGGGCUGUGCGCCGACGAGCCGUGUCUGCGACGGGCCGACCGGAGCCUGCCGUGCAAGGAGAUCAUGGCCCCGGCCCGGCCCGACGGAGCCCCGGAGCACCGCUGGGUCCGCGGGAACGUGCCGCUCGCCAGCUACUGCGCGGUGUGCAAGCAGCAGUGCGGGACGCAGCCAAAGCUCUGCGACUUCAGGUGUGUGUGGUGUCAGACCACCGUGCACGACGACUGCAUGGCCAGCCUGGCGGACGCGGAGCACUGUGACCUGGGCGAGUUCCGCAGCCUCAUCAUCCCCCCGCACUACCUCUACCACGUCAACAAGCUCCGCCGCAGGCACCCCGACGAGUACAGCAAGCUGGCGUCCUCAUGCGGUAGUGGCUGGACUCCCGUGCUGGUCCUGGCUAACACGCGCAGUGGCAACAACAUGGGGGAGGCUCUGCUGGGAGAGUUUCGCACACUCCUCAACCCCGUGCAGGUGUUCGACCUGUCAGAGCUGACUCCCCCCAAGGCCCUGCAGCUAUGCACCCUGCUCCCCCCUGGCAGUGUGCGGGUGCUGGUGUGUGGGGGAGAUGGCACUGUGGGCUGGGUGCUGGACGCCAUCGACACCAUGAAGCUCAAGGGUCAAGACCAGUUUAUCCCAAGGGUGACCAUCCUGCCCCUGGGCACGGGAAACGACCUAUCCAACACUUUGGGCUGGGGUUCCGGGUAUGCCGGAGAGAUCCCUGUGGAGCAGGUUCUCCGUAACGUCCUGGACGCCGAGGUGGUCAAAAUGGACAGAUGGAAAGUGCAGGUAGCUUCAAAAGGCCUCUACUUUCGCAAACCAAAGGUUCUGUCCAUGAAUAACUACUUCUCUGUGGGGCCUGACGCCCUGAUGGCUCUCAACUUCCACACACACCGGGAGAAAACACCCUCCUUCUUCUCCAGCCGCAUCAUCAACAAGGCUGUGUAUUUCCUGUAUGGCACCAAAGAUUGUUUAGUGCAGGAAUGUAAGGAUCUGGAUAAGAGGAUUGAGCUGGAGCUGGAUGGGGAGCGAGUGGCGCUGCCCAGCCUGGAGGGCAUCAUUGUUUGUAACAUCGGCUACUGGGGCGGAGGCUGUAGGCUCUGGGAGGGCAUGGGGGACGAGCCGUGUCCCCCCACACGGCUGGAUGACGGUCUGCUGGAGGUGGUGGGAGUAUUUGGCUCCUUCCACUGCGCCCAGAUCCAGGUCAAGCUCGCCAACCCUGUACGGCUCGGUCAGGCCCACACUGUCAGGCUCGUUCUGAAGAGUUCCAGGAUGCCCAUGCAGGUGGACGGCGAGCCGUGGGCGCAGGGCCCCUGCACCAUCACCAUCACCCACAAGACCCAGGUCCUCAUGCUGUACCACAGCGCCGAGCAAACGGAUGAUGAUGACGACGACGAAUCCAGCGCCUCCGAGACGGAGAGCCCCACCCCCAACGACUCGCCCAGGCCUCCAGGGCCCGCCUCGGCCCGCGCAUGACCCGCCCCAAACAUCGUCCCAUCCCAGGCUCUUCGUAUCCUACUUCCUUUCUUUUGCCCAAUUCCCAUUAAUCCUUCAUUUACAAAGGAUCCUAUCAGCACUUAGUCCGUCUUAGUCCGUCGCCUCUUAGACCUUGAAUGCACCCAACAGUUUAACCUCAGAUCUUGCCGAUUGGAAUUAUAAUUUUCCUGCAUUGUCUGUGUGAUCUUGUUGUAUUCUCGCAGGGAAACCACAGAAUAUAUCAUUGUUUGGUUCAAGGGUUAGAGAGAUUAGUUUGGAAUUGGGCUGGUGUGAUAUAUUUUUUUUUGUCUGUGUGUGUUUUUCAGUCUUAUACCUCCACACUCCCCUUUAUAUUGUAACCCAGCGCUCAGGCAAUUCCCACUGCACAGGUGGGCUAGGAAGGAGAAGGUGAAUGUUUUGGAGGAGGAUUGUCUAUUUGCACUGAUUCCUUGUGCCAUGUUACAAUGACCACAGUACAGUACAUAGUGGAAUAUACUGUAGUUGUAAAUCAAUGCCCAAUGCUGCCCAACAGGUGUCAGUGGCCCGCGUUUGUUACAAGUUGUUCCAUUGACCGUUUCCUUCAUUUUAACCCAUACAGGCAAAGCCAAGUGUAAAUAUUUGGGAAUCGCAGGAGAGGACAGUAUUGUGUUGGGGUCUGACUGAAGAUAUGUCCCCAAAGGGGGUUUUUUCCCACAAAGAGCACAAACAAGCACAAAUCACAGCAUAAAUAUUAAAAAAAAGACACAUUUUCUGUGAGAGACAGAGUGAGGUGGCAUCUCCACUGGCUGGUGGGCUAACUGUCUCUGCUCUGUACAGGGAACCUGUCAUGGUCCGGGCAGUUGAAAGUCUCUCCUGCUUUUCUCUUGCAGUCAGCACUCUGGCUUUGAAACAUGCGCUAAACACAGGUCAAAGGGUCUCUGAGCCUGGAGGGAGCAAGUGAUCCGCUACUAUCCGUUACAACCACUAUGUGUGUGUUUAUCACUGGACAAUUGUUUAUGGUGAUUUUGUUUACUUCACAACGCACUGUCAUGAGAAACUAGCCAAUUUGCGUAAUUGUACUACAAUGUAGUCUUAAACCAGACUACACAUUUCCUACAAGACACAACCUUACUUUACAAGUUUAAUUUUGGAGAUGCCACCAAGUUCGAUAAUCAUAUGAUAAUCAAUUUGCCUACAUAAAAUCCUGCUCCAUGGUGUUCCUCUCCUUUAUAUAUUUGCUCCUGUUUACAUGCAUUUUGUGUUGCACUGUUUUGGCACGUUAACACUUUGAAACAGUUACCUUACACUGCAUAGGAUAUUCAAUAGUUUAUAUAAGGGUAGAAAACACACCACAAAGAGUUUAUUACUGAUGUUACUGCUGAAGCCGAUAGUCUACUGUUUAUAAGAUGCUUACAUGUUAUUUUAAGUUAUUCAACUCGUCCUCUAUCUUAAGGAAAGUGUGUUGCCAGAUUGUCCGUGUUCAUGCUGAGCGCAACAUUGACCACAAGAUGGCGUACUAGAGAUAGUGUUUUGUAUGAGGACAGGCCCAAAUAGGGUGUUUGUACUCAGAAGUCCACAAAUCACAAAAUAUUUUCAGAGAUGCAUGUACUUGCUAAAGUCUCAUUGUUUUGACUGUUGAAUUUUUAGCAGCUCCAUAUAUUCUGUUCUCUACACAAAUGUUUGAAAGAAGUCAUUUCAAGUUUGGUUAAAAAAAAAAAAAAAA